AUGUUUAUGAAAAGAUUAUUUCCAGGAGCAGGAGAAGAUGCACUCGACCCAAUUUACAUAAAGGAUGAUGAUGGUUACGAUAUUGAUACCUUUUUAGUGCCUGUUCACUAUAAAAGCUAUCUGACGAAAGUGUUAAUUCCAAAUGGAAUUUUAAAAAAUAGAAUAGAAAAAUUAGCUUUUGAUAUAAAAAGGGUAUAUAGAAACGAGGAGUUUCAUGUGAUUUGCUUAUUGAAAGGGUCAAGAGGAUUCUUUAGUGCUCUCUUAAAAUAUUUAAAUAGAAUUCAUAAUUACAGUUCGAGUGAAUCACCAAAACACUUAUAUAUUGAACAUUAUGUACGUGUUAAAUCGUAUUCUAAUGAUCAUUCGUCGGAUAGACUUGAAAUAGUGAGUGAGGACUUAUCUUGUUUAAAAGAUAAACAUGUUUUAAUUGUAGAAGAUAUAAUAGAUACAGGUAAAACAUUGUUAAAAUUUUGUGAAUAUUUAAAAAAGUUUGAAGUUAAAACAGUUGCAGUUACUUGCUUAUUUAUUAAAAGAACACCUUUGUGGAAUGGCUUUAAGGCAGACUUCGUUGGGUUCUCUAUACCAGAUGCUUUUGUUGUAGGAUAUAGCUUAGAUUAUAAUGAAAUAUUUAGGGACCUUGAUCACUUAUGUUUAGUUAAUGAAGAGGGAUUAAAGAAGUUUAAAAAUAUGAACCUUUGA